UAUAAAAGUAAAGAUUGUAUUGACAUCAAGCAAGAAAAAAUCAAGAUGCAAGUCAUUGGUAUAUUUACAGCCAGAAUACUAUGAGGAAAAGUACAAAUUUCUUUUCAAUAUACCGAAAUGUGGUAAACAGUAUACCUGGAUAUCUUAGGUUGUCAAUUAUACCAAAUAUCAGUGUAUAUUGUACUCAUAUCAAGUUUCUAGAUUUUACAGACUAAGUUUUUAAUUCUAACUCUGCAAUGUCAGAUUCAGAUGUGAAAUAUCACCUUCGAAAGCUUGAAUUUCCUACAUGUGCUAAAGAAUCACUCGUAAAAAUUGCAAAUAUUUGUCGUUCUGGUUCAACAGCUCGACAACAAAUUCAACUACAAAUAGACUUGAUGACUGAAUUUGUUUUUGGACAUAUAGAAGAGUGGAAAAAGCAAAAAAAAAGAAGAAAAUAUCUUCGAGAAUUUCAACUAAUUGAAGUUUUGAAUGAUUUUUUCCAUAGCCCAGAUCAUAGUCCAGCAGUUCGUAAUGCUGUGUUUUUAUUUUUGUUUCCUGGUGAAUGCCCUAGAUAUGAAAUAUUAGGUAACCUAGUGUCUUUUUCGAUUUCAAUACAAAAUCGUGAGGUAUUAGAUUCAACUGGAAUGUGGAUGCAACAGUUAGGAUCAACAUCAGCACAGAGCGUUACUUUAGCGCAACAUAUUUUAAACGAUUUUUUUGUUUUUACUCCAAAUUCCAUUGACAAACUUAAACAAUUACCAGAACUUGUGCCUCAUUUCACUACCAAUUUAUUAACAGCAAUAGGUGAAGUUUAUAAAUUUGAAGAUCCUCCUAAUCAAUUAUUGAAAUUAGUGGGUGACUGGAUUGAUGAUAAUCCUGGACUCUUGACAAUUUCUUUGAUGGAUAAUCCAGCUUUACCUUCAGGUGGAAUUCCAAUGACUCCGAUUACUCCAAUAGCUGGUUUAUUUAGGUGGUGUAUAUUGAGUCCUGCAAGAAAAAAAACUGACGAAAAAGACAAAAAUCUUAUUGAAGAGCGUAAUAAACUCUAUUCGAAAAUUCAACAACUACUUAUGGAUGCAGUUUUACGUUUAAAAAAUAGUACGAGUAAUCAAAAUGCAAUAUCAGCUCAACACUUUGCUCAAACAACGCGUACAUUGUCAUCACUUUUAGAGCAACCAGAUGAAACUGUUACAAAAGCUGAUUGUGAUUUAGCUAUGGAGAGAUUAGCACAAGCUGUUAGUACAGCAUUAUCGGUUAAUUGUAUUUACGGUAAUAAACAGGAACUAUUGGCAUUGUUACAACCACUCGCAUGCAAACAUUUUCUUAUUGAAUGGACUUUAAUGACUUAUGGAUCGAAAGCAUCAGUAACAUAAACAAAAAAAAGUUAAAAUUUAUAAAUUUUUUAUUAUAUAAUAACAGAAUAAUUAUAUAAAUAAAUUAUCCAAAAGGUUUAAA